CCUUCUUGCGCCCCGUCAUUCUUGUUUGCCUCCCUUUUCCUUCUUUCGUCCUCCCAGUAUUUCUUUUUUCUUUUACUUUUCUUUGAAUACUAUAGAAAGGGAAAAAGAGGGGAGGAGAAUCAACAAUUGUGACUUGACCCUUCCCACUUUGUCAUUCAUUUCAUACAUAAAAAACAGACAUCUUUCCCAAAUCGAUUCUCCGCUCUUCUCCAACUCUACAUUCGGAAUUUCUACCUCACAUACGCUGUGAACCCCCCUCCAAGUACUGCGCAAUCUAGAUUUCUAGGGAAAUUGUCACCUUCCAUUCCUUCGGUGGACUUACGCCUCAUUCGCUCGACAGGGUCAUCUGCAAUACUUCUGCCUACUGGCCGACUUGUACCAUUUACAGCAGCACUGCGAUACCGUCGAGUCCUUCCGCACCUCGAUUGCGACAUCUCCAUUUCGAUGCGAUUCACGGAUGCUUUCUCGCACAUGGUCUGAUACCCUUUGACGUGGAUCUACAGUAUAUGGAGGAGCUGGUCUCCCGCGCCAACAGCAGCUACGAUCCACUCCCAGCUGGGGGAGAUGUACAUCUCUCCAGGGUUCUCCCUUUUCGUGGAUCUCUAGUCACCAUUGGCUACUUUUGACCAUGUCUCCUCCUUCUAGCGAUAUUCUAAAAAGUCAUCGAGAUGGUGAACAUACGUCGCUGCCGCACUCGGCCAGUUAUAACCACCUUCCAGAUCUUGUCGCCUCGGAAUCUACUUCUCCCACCCUCCGCAGGACGUUUUCAGACCUGACCUAUCCGAAGGACUCUACGUCCCCAUCGCCCUCCAAGGAGGACGUUGCGGCGGGGAAGGACAUUCUACGACGAACUUCUCUUCGGUCCAAGGAGAAAUCGACCAUUACUGUCUCUCGGUUUAGUGUUUCCACUGAGGAUGUGGCCGAUUCUCCUAGCGCAGAGCUCUCUGGGGCUCCCCCAAAAGUCCCAGAGUCGACGAAAGUACCGGAGACAAAAGCUCCGGAGCCUGUCGCACGCCCCUCUAAAGCCCGCUCGAUGUCCGGAAGAUUGGUCAACCUUGCCCGCAAGCCGUGGAUGUCAAACUCUCCUACUAGAUCCCCCUCUCCGUCCGCUAAGGGCUCCGGGGGGCGGUCAUCACGUACGGAGGAACAAUCUCCAUCAAGCUCGCCAGCGCCCCAAUCCAAAAACCUCACGUCGCUAGAUACAGUGACGGAAUCGGAUACAGGUGUUCCUUCGCGCAGGCGGACAAUCCUGAACAAACGGCCUCGGCGGCCGAUGGUAGCGGUUGUAACACAAAGCCAAGCAGAUAGUCCCACUACCCCCAAUAGCAAUACUCCGUCACCUUUCACGCUAACGGCUAAGAACUCGCUGGAAAAGCUUACAUCGUCGUUCAAUGUCACAACGCCGGUUCUUCCCCCAAUGCCUAAGACAGCGGUUGCUUCUAGUGGCAUAGAUUUCGCACGCAAGAAGGAUGAACUCUGGGGGGUCUUCCGUGGUCUCGAGGCCGAUUUCCAAAAAUUUCAAUCCAAGUCUAGUGCCCUGAAGGCCAAUGUCAUUCGCUCUGCCCUUCUUCCUUUUCUCAACCGCAAUCAUUCUCACCCGUCUUAUAAAUCGCUCAGGCCAGAAGACCUGGACCGCCGAAUUAACAUCCUUAACAAGUGGUGGAUAGGAUUAUUGGAGAUGCUCAAUGGGAAGCACAAUCAAUCUAUAUCUGGAACUGAUAGGCCGGUCUAUCUGGAGGCAGUUGUUGGCAUCAUGACUCGGCCUGAAUGGAGGAUCCCUUUCCCUUCGCCGCCGUCCGAUCGAAAUUCACCGAAACCUCUACAGCACGCGUCAACUUCAAUCUCGGAAAGUUCGGAUGGCUCGUCAAGCUCGGAUUUCCUCGUUGAAUCGAUUCACCAUAAUAUAAGGAACAUUUUCACGCAAAAUUUACUAUCCCAGAUGGCUUUCGUAGUAGAACGAAUGUCUAUGAGACACGCUCCGGCCAGCUUGGUAGCUUUUUGCGGAAAGGCAUGUGCCUAUGCGUUCUUCUUCUGCCCAGGAGUGGCAGAUAUCCUUGUUCGCCUGUGGAACACGCCGCCAAACAUCUUCCGACGGGUUCUUGUCCAAUCGAAUGUUGACAGCAGUAUCGGCUCGCGCGCAUUCACCCAGGACUUGGCCCUGAACUUCCCGAUGGCUCUUCGCUCGUUAUCUUUCCAUGGCCACACGCCAUUAGUUCGCUAUCUCCGCCGAAAGCCCGAUGUUCCUCUAAGCACGGCUCAGAUUCGGUGGCAGAGCCCUUGGGUUUCACGAUGGAGCGGUCGUGAUAGCGAUCUUUUCUUCGUCUUCGUCAAAUAUAUACACAUCCUCUACGCCGAUGCGUUACCUACCGAUAUUGAGAAAGAAAAGCGGAUUUUGGCGCCAGGCUUGUUGCCAAUCCAUGCACAGCUCCUUGUUGUGCUGGAGGACACACUCUAUAAACAGUCAGUCCCGCAGGCGCCGCCAAACUCACACACUGCUGCUGCGAUUACGUUCGACGAUUUCAUCGAAGGUGCUGAUGCAGCGGUCUCGGCUCUUCCUUUGGGGGCCGCGAACAGCCAUCGAUCGAUGGCCGAGAAUCGUCUGAUUAUCUUACUCCGAGAUUUUCUUUCUGAAUCUUCCAUCGAGCCAAACCAUGCUCGACUACUAUAUGCUGAGUCAUUUUCCAUGGUUAUGAAAACCGCGGCUGGGAAAACCUCGCUGUUUGACCAUAAUGCUUGCUUUUUGCUUUGCGAUUUUGUUGAAGAGGUCAUGCCCAUAAUCACGCGAUAUUCCCAGUCUGUUAAGUCGGACUUAUUCGAUUGGAGAUUCUGGCUCGAGGUUUGCGAUCGGAUGAUGCAAAGCCAUAACUCUCUUACUGAAGUUCGCGUGUUUUCGUUUCUCUUCUGCGUUUGGAGCACAUGGACCGCAUCGGAAGAGAGAAAAGCGAACCUUUGCUUACAGUUCCUCCUGAAAGAGUCGCUAUUUUACCAUUACUUCUGUCAUUGGAGUCCUAUGGUUCGUGCCUACUUUCAUCGUCUUCUUUGUUGGAGGCUGGGUAGAUUUAACGGCGACCCGUCGCCGCUUGACUCGACAAUUUAUGAGGUGCUUUGGAGCCGGUUACAGAGUCUUUGGGGUUAUUAUCUCGCUUUUCAAUCAAAAGCCGAGGAGGAACUCACGGCACCGCUAUCUUCAGCGCCCUGUACGCCAGCACCCGGACGCAGAAUCAUCAUCAUCCGAUGUGACAAUCACUUUUCCCCAGCUAGUCUUUUUGUCUCCUUUGACCGCGUUAUCCCUGCGGCGCCACCCGAGCAGAGCGCGGCAUCUGUAACCAGCAGCCCCUCAAAACCAGAAUCUACUUCUUCUGAGACCCAGCCACCUCCUAAGAAGAGAUGGAAUAUCCUGAAGGCUAUGUUCAGUAGUUCUUCAAGAUCGAACGGCGAGGCGUCUCCUUCCAGUAGCUCGGAGGAGUCAUUGGACACGACUGGGUCUGAUAGCACAGCAUCUGCCGAGAAACGCUUGGAUGAGUUUGCCCGACCGAAUGAUAGCUUCGGGGAACUCUCUCGACCCAAGACAGCACAUCAACCUUACUCCUUCAAAUUUUCACUGGAGUGGAUGGAUCGGCCCCAGUGGCCCAGCAAAAAUAAGCGUCUUUUCACUCCCUGUCUACCUGUGGCAGCUCAGCUACACCUGCAGCUUCGAAGAACCGCAGACCCGGGUGAAUCGGACACUGACCUAGAGGAUGGGCCAGAAAUGCACGAUGCUCAGGAGACUUUGCCAUCAGCCAAUGAGACGAAGAAUUCCACAAAUACUACUCCGGUCCCUCAAUCUGAGAAGGGCUGCAGUAAACCAGCCCCCCAAGUUGCAACGAGCCACCCACUUGUUGCGAGUAAGUACGUGGGCCGUGCUCUCGCGGAAUGGGCGCAGAUCGUCUCAGAAUGUGACAGUUUCUUUGCUCGGAGACGCGAUGAGGGCGUACCGUGCGAUCGGAUGGUGGAAACCCCAACGCUGGGCGUUGAAAGCUUCAGAAAAUGAGCCAAUGCAGCAGGCUGCCAUAAUAGCAAUAUGUCAAUAUGCUGGAGAGGGGUACCAUGCAAUAUGUAAAUAUACCGCAUCUUUUUUUCUUUUCUGCUGCAUUUCUCCAACAUUCCUCUUUUCCAGGUGCUGUUUUUCAAUGAGGGUUUGGUGUUCGCUCGGUAUAGCAUGCGGAGUUGUUGUAUAACAACGCUAUGUAAUAUAUCUAUGAGAUAUUGGGUUCCUUUCUUUUGUAUAUAGUAGUGGACCCUUUUAAAAUUUAUAAUGACUGAAUAAAAGAGAUAUUCCAGGGAAGCAAAAAUUCGGAGUGUUACAAUCUGUAUUUGCGCCAUUCUUUAGUUUUCGCAAGGAUGCUAACCUUGGGGCUGAGAG